CUUCACAUUUAAGUUGUUGUGUGUUCCUGGAGCAAACUGCUGUCGUUACAUUUACUGAGAAACGGUGUGUUGUUAUUGUCUUGUCUGUUCCAAGCGGAAAUAAGAAAGAUGACUUCAGCUAAAAUCAAGCGAUCGACUCUGUAACUCCUGCGUGUUUACUUCUUGACUGGGUUCUGAGCAGACAGCAUCUCUUAUUCAGGAUGAUUAUGAGAUUUUAAGAGCAUCUCAUAGCAGACGAGGGGCUGAAGUCCUGACUUCUUUUAUCCCUCUUGGUCACCCCUCACAUUAACCAUCCAUAAACUCCCUUUCCCCCAUCCAUGGCGUCUCUUUGAGAAUGGAUGGUAAACCGUCAGUACAGGCCAGUGUGAACUCCUCCUACAUUCCCACUGUCAUCUCCUCCAUGUCUGAUGAAGAGCGUCCUGAGGGUGAGGCAACAGGGGGUGACACCUCCCCGCUGCUUACCAAGAAGCAGCAGCCCGCAGGGCCCCUGGGGGCCCGUGACUGCCCGGAGGACUCCUAUAAUCUGGUGUAUAUCAUCUUCUUCCUGAUGGGCAUCGGCUCUCUGCUGCCCUGGAAUUUCUUCAUCACUGCCAAACACUACUGGCUGUACAAGCUUAGUAACAACUCCAGCCCUGCUGGCCAUGAGGAACCACACAAUGACCUCAGUGACUACUUUGAGAGUUACCUUGCUAUUGCUUCAACCAUUCCCUCAGUGGUGUGUCUCAUAAUCAACUACCUCCUUGUCAAUAGGUUGUCCUCUCAGGUGCGGAUCCUCUUCUCUCUGUUCGUGAUCUUGCUUGUGUUUGUGGUGACCACAGUGCUGGUAAAAGUGGACGUGUCUGGCUUUAGGAUCCAGUUUUUUGAGGGAACACUAGCUAGUGUGUCGCUGGUCAGUGGAGCAUCCAACAUCUUCUGUGGCAGUGUGUUUGGCAUCAGUGGCCACUUUCCCAUGAGGAUAUCUCAAGCACUCAUAUCAGGUCAGGCCAUGGGUGGCACGUUGAGUGCAGUGGCCUCAAUAGUGGAUCUGGCUGCCGCCAGUGAUGUGUCCAACAGUGCACUGUUUUACUUCCUCACCGCUGAUGUCUUCACUCUGCUCUGUAUCUUCAUGUACCUGCUGCUGCCCAGACUGGCUUAUUCACGAUACUACUUGGAAGUGGCUUCUAUACCCUGUAGUGGGUCUAACAGCCACAACAGCAGCUCAGACCCUACAAAUGCGUCCGUGCCACCCCUCAUGCCAAUCCUGAAGAAGACCUGGGUGCUAGGCCUCUGCGUGUUCUACGUUUUCUUCAUCUCCAUCAUGAUAUUCCCCGCGGUCUCCUCUGGAAUCCAGUCAGUGAAUAAAGACUCUGGAAAUCCCUUGACCUCCACUUACUUUGUGCCUGUCACUAGUUUUUUACUGUACAACGUCGCAGACUUUUGCGGCCGUCAGGUCACCGCCUGGCUCCAGGUACCGGGACCCACCAGUCGCAAACUUCCACUGCUGGUCCUCCUCAGAACCGUCUUUGUUCCACUGUUCAUGUUGUGCAACUAUCAGCCGCGGUACCACCUACACAACGUGCCCUUUGCACAUGACCUCUUCCCCGUGGUGUUCAUCUGCCUGCUGGGGAUUUCCAACGGGUACCUGGGCACGCUGCCUAUGAUCUAUGGGCCUAAAGUCGUGCCGCGGGAGCUGGCAGAGCCUGCUGGUGUCAUCAUGUCCUUCUUCCUCACGCUUGGGCUAGCUGUCGGAUCAGCCUUCUCUGUGGCACUGGUUCACUGUAUCUGAGUGGCAAUGACUGGCUGCCUUUAUGACUUUUAAAAAGUGCCACAGCACGGAUCAUUUACACUACAGCACCCAAGAACUAUCUGUUGCCAAAAACUUUAUGGAAGUAUAUGAAUGACAAAUGUCUUUGAAAAAAAAAAAAAAAAAAAGCACGCUCAAUUGCAAAAUAAACUCAUUGCAUUAACAGUGCUUGCAUUUUUGGGGGUGGUGGGGGAUGCUAUUUUAUUUCAUUCCUUUAUAACAAUCUGUGUGUCAUCAUAUUCGGCUCUGAUUAGUAGUGUUAUCGAAGUUCCACAUGCAUUGUUGUCUAAGGACGGAAGUCAGUUUUUAUAAAUCAGUUAUGGAAGUUGAUCAGCUGGAGGAAUGCCGAAGUGACUAAAGAAUUAUUAACAGCAUGAUGGAAUAAAACUGCAUUUCUUGUCUUACCACCUUCUGCUACUUAUACCAACAACAGAAAUACUCAGUUAGAAUAGCAAAAUAUGCUUAUAACCUUAUUAUUACCUUAUUGCAAUACAAUUUGUAGCACUUGAAUGUAAAUAGUUUACACAGUGACAUUAAACUAGAAAUGGAUUAAAAAGGUCUUAAAAGAUUACUUGAGAUGGUUACAAUUUAGAUUCAAUAUUUACAAAUUGGAUAUAUGAAAUAUGUAGAAACCAGAAUGCAUGCUACCAGAGUGAAGAAGACCAAGAGAUAGAAAUGGUACUGUAGAUUGUGGUACCAAAGAUCCAGUCUUGAUACAUUUAAACUGACCAAUCAGCAGACCACACUGUAACCCCCCACUGUACCGGAGUUGUGACCAUUUGCAGACCCCCAAUAAACAAACACCACAGCCUUUUCCCCAAGGAAAUGGGGGUUUUAACAGAAAUAUAAUUGUUUUGUUCAUUUUCAACACUGCAAAACUAACUUUGAACUUGACAAUAAUGUCAUUUUGUUUCUUCAGUGCUUUUACUUUAAAGCAACUGUUUCUUGGUUUAAUUAAUUAAAGCAAUAUUUCUAGCCAAGAGAUUAGCUACUCAAAAAUACAUGGUUUAAUGAUCUGAAAAGCGCUGUUAUAUCCUCCUGGGUGUAAUGACUGGGGAAGCAUUCACUGUUGACCAAAUGUACAUAAGAUAAAUAGCAGUUUAAGUUUGAAUUUGUUGGUCCUCAUCUGAUUUGAAUGCAAUUUAAAUAAGUAAAAAAAAAAAAAAAGAUAAAGUCAUGGUGUCAACAACUGCAUUAUGCUUAAAAUACAGAAGGAAGAUUAAUCUAACAUGCUAAAACAAUGAAAACAAUAACAUAUCAAAGUUGAUGUAAAACAGUCUUUUCAGACUUGAAUUGUGUACAUUAACCAUUAGCCUGAAUAGCUUACAGCUCCUAAUUUUUCUCAUAAACCAGGAACACUUUGCCCUAGCAACUGCCUCAGAUACUGUUGUACAUUCAAACGGAAGAUAGCACACAUAGUAAAGUGGCGUGUCAAACUGAAGAAACUGUUUAAAAUGACUUUGUUUAUUGUUCAAGUUUAAUUGAUUAUCAAAACUACCAAUUUGCUGGUGAAUUUGCAAAGCGAAAUAUACUGAAUAUUACCUUUUCAAAUAAUAAACAUGAAAAAAAAAAAAAAGGAAUAUUUCGGAACUUAAUUUUGGAAGUUGAAUAUUUAGGCUAUUUUUAAUGCAAAAUGUUUUGAAAUAUUAACAGCUUAAAUUUACAGCCGUUUGAAAUUGCAUCCCCAAUAAAUGCAUGCACUGUUAAUGCAAUGUGUUUUAUUUUUCAAUUAGUGCAAUUCGCCGUUUUUUUUUUUUUUUUAUAUAUAUA